UUAAAACUGACCAAUGGAAAAUAAGAAUCAGACUGAAGUGACUGAAUUUCUUUUCUUGGGUCUCACAGACAUUCUCCAAGAGCAGAUUGUCCUCUUUGUCAUGCUCUUCAUUGUCUAUCUUGUCACCCUGGGGGGUAACAUAGGGAUGAUCAUUCUCAUAUGGACUGAUCUCAGAUUCCACACUCCUAUGUACUUUUUUCUCAGCCACUUGUCCUUUGUAGAUAUUUGUUCCUCUUCUUCCAUUGCCCCCAAGAUGCUGUGUGAUAUCUUUGCAGAGAAAAAAGGUAUCUCUUUCAUGGGUUGUGCUACACAGAUGUGGUUCUUUGGUCUUUUUGUGGCAACUGAAUGUUUCCUCCUGGCUUCCAUGGCAUAUGACCGGUAUAUGGCCAUCUGUAGGCCCUUGUUGUAUACACUCAUCAUGUCCCAGAGGGUCUGUGUGCAGCUGGUAGUAGGGCCUUAUGCCAUGGCUCUUCUAAGCACAAUGACCCAUACAAUUCUCACUUUUCGCUUACCUUUCUGUGGUACAAAUAUCAUCAAUCACUUCUUCUGUGACAUUUCACCACUGCUUUCCUUAGCAUGUGCAGACACCUUGAUCAAUAAAUUAGUGCUGUUCAUCUUAGCUGGAGCAAUUGGUGUGGUCAGUGGCCUGAUCAUCAUGGUCUCCUAUGUUUGCAUCCUGGCGGCCAUCUUGAAGAUGCAGACUGCUGAUGGGAGAAGGAAAGCUUUCUCCACCUGCUCUUCUCACCUGGCAGUUGUCUCCAUCCUGUAUGGGACUCUUUUCUUUAUCUAUGUUCAGCCUGGCUCAAGUCCCUCCCUGGAUAUCAAUAAAGUGAUUUCUCUGUUUUAUACCGUGGUGAUCCCCAUGUUGAACCCCCUCAUCUACAGCCUGAGGAACAAGGAGGUAAAAAAUGCACUCAGGAGGAAGUUUGAAAGGAAAAAUUCUCUAAUGGUUUUGGCAAAAUAGAACCCUGCCGUGUUGUACCACAGAUGUUGGUGCAGGCUGUGUAGGAGAAAGAUCACUGAAGUGGAAAUCAGAAGCUGCAUGUGAAUUUGUCCACUGCCAGGUCAUAAGUGAUUUGAAAAACGGACUAGUACUUAAAUAUUUUUCUGCCCCAUCUUGUUGUCUGUAACAUGAUGAUAUUUUCCAAAAAAUAUAGAGAUGGAUCAAGAACAUUAAUGUGAAAAUAUACUGGUAGAAAACUUAGGUAAAUAUUUGUACAAUCAUGGAUGUUUAAAUACUGUUAAUCCAGACGAGGAAACCAAAGUUCUAAUAGAAAGUUCAGAGCAUGAAAAACAAUAUUAAAAGGGAAAUAAUAAAAUAAAAUAUUUGUGUACAUGUGCCAGACAUUGGGAUAAUACCCCCAAUAUUCAAAGAGCAUUCUAUAAUUCACAAUAAAAAAGAAAAACAAUAGCUAAUUGAGUGAACAAGUGAACAAGCAAUUCACAAAAUGUGAAUGUAAAUUGCCAAAAAUGUAUGGGAAACAUGCUGAACAUCAUUACUGGUCAAGUAAAUGAAAUGAAAUUAAAAUGUCAGUGC